AUGAAAACUCGGAGGCUCCUCGAACACGAGGAGAUCGGCGAUCGAAAGCCCUCGCAAUUUUUGCGCCACCUUCGCGGUCUCGCCGGAAACGUGGUCGGCGACCAGAUUUUACGAACCAUCUGGUUGAGUCGGUUGCCGGCUCAUCUUCAGCCGCAUUUAGUGACGCGCGCGGCCGAUACGCCCGAACAAUUAGCGGACAUCGCGGAUGCGAUAGUCGAGGCGACCCGUGCGCCGAUAUUUCAAGUGGCGGAGGCGACGAAAUUUGUGACGCCCCAGGGUCAGAGUGCGGUUGACCCCGCGUCCUGGGAAGCGAGGAUGGAAGUACGACUCGCGCAGAUGCGGCUGGCCAUGCAACAAGAGAUGGCGGAGCAGCUGACAGCCAUCCGGCGGUCGAUCGAGGCGAUCGGGAGCGGUCGUUUCGGAGAGGACCGCGAUGACGACCGACGACGUUCGCGUUCGCGUCCACGCCAGCGUUCGCAUUCGCGCCCGCGAGAGCGAUCAGGAAGCCGUGAUCCGCCGGCCAGUGGAAUCUGCUGGUAUCACUGGCAAUUUGGACCGAGUGCUCGACAAUGCAGGCCGCCCUGCACAAUGCAGUCGGGAAACGCGGGGGCCGGUCGCUAG